UCUAAUAGAGGGUGGUGUUAGAGAUUCGAGAAUACUGUCUCUGAAAACCCCUGCCUUUCGAAAGGAAAUAUUGCACCGUGUGGAUGCAGAGGCGGCAGGGAGAGGUGCAGGGAGUCUGAGUGGGGAAGGAGGGGGUGGGGGGAGCUGCUGUUGUCUGUCCCUCCCUCUCUCUCCCCAUGCGGACCGUCACUUUGUUACAAUGAGUUGGAGCUGGGGGUUGAGCCAAGCAGCGCCUCUGCCGCCCGUACAGUAAGGGAACAAAGGCAGCAGGGACAGCCUGAUUAAUUUAUACAGAUUAUUUAUUUAAUAUCAAGUAUGCACAGGAUUAUGUUCCUCUUUCCUGUCAAGAAGAUUCGGAAACAUUUCAACGUGCUGAUGUUUGUAGUGAUUGUGGGGCUUGGAGUUUGGGCAGCUUACCUGGAGUUCGUAGCUUCGAGUGAGUGGAGAAGAGGCGCCGUCAAGCCCCAUCGAGAAUUCAGAAACUGGAAGGAACAACCUCAUGUGCAACGCAACAAAGUGCCUGGUGUCGCUCGGGACCUGGAAUAUUAUAACCAAAGAAAGGAGGAGACAGGAAAUGAGGAUCUUGACAGCAACCAUUGGCAAGAAAGUCAUGAAUUGAAUUUUGUGGGAAUGUGGAGCUCUGAGUUCAUGGGACAAGCAAAUUUGCACAUAUUUGAAGACUGGUGUGGCGGUUCUGUUGAUCAGCUCAGGAAAAAUAUUCAUUUCCCUCUCUUUCCACAUACACGGACUGUGGUCAAGAAGUUGGCGGUGGCACCAAGCUGGACCAACUAUGGGCUCAGAAUAUUCGGCUAUAUCCAUCCCUAUGCAGAUGGUGAAUUCCAGUUUGCUGUGGCCUCUGAUGAUAAUUCUGAAUUCUGGCUGAGUACAGAUGAGAGUCCUUCAAAUCUCACACUUCUGGCGAAAGUUGGAAAGACUGGUAAGGAAUGGACAGCCCCUGGAGAAUUUGGAAAGUUUCAAAGUCAAGUCUCCAAGCCCACACAGUUGUUAUCCUUUAAGAAAUAUUUCUUUGAGGUACUGCACAAACAAAAUGGCAAAGGAACAGACCACAUAGAAGUUGCAUGGCGACUUCGCAAAACUGGCCUUAAAUUCAGCAUUAUUGAUUCGAAGUAUAUCUCACUUUUUGUUAAUGAGUCACUGAUAAAAUUAAAUGAGGUUCAGCACAUUCCACAGUCUAUAGCAAGCCAUAAAAAGAAUUACGGUUACUCCAGCUCACGCAGAGACCAUCCAUCAGAAAUGCUGAAGUAUGACCCUCGUGACAGUUUCUUCCAAUUGCCUCUAAUCGAUAAGUCCCAUGUGCACAAAGUGCUGCCUGACUGUAUUUACAGACCCAGCUAUAUAAUUAAAGGAUUCCCGCUGCUCCGUUACCAGGGAUUACAGUUUGUUCAUCUGACUUAUGUAUAUCCUAAUGAUUACACAAGGCUAACUCACAUGGAGUCAGAAAACAAAUGCUUUUAUUAUGAGAAUACCUACAACUUGGACAGAUUUGGAUUCGAUAGAUACAUGAAAAUGGAUAAACCACAAAAACCAAACAAUGAAAAGUUUCAAAAUCCUUUCAGAAUAGUGGGCAAAGGAAAGCCAAAUAAGCAGAUGAAUAAUAAUGAGGAAGAACUGGGGGAAAAUGCUGAACUAGAUGAGGAAGAAUAUGAAGAUGAUGAUGAUCAAUUUCCACAAUUAGUGGUUCCAACGGCUGAAUUCCAAAAGCAAAACCAAAAGAACAUUAAGGAGUUUGCAAAUAAAAGAAAUCAUGGAUUGGCCAUUCAGAAGAAAUACUUUGCAAAACUACAUGAUAGACAGCAAGCAGUCACUGUCAAAGAUUAUGGCGAUGACUAUGAUGAUUAUGCUUUUAAAAGGAGACGAAAGUUGUUUUAUGUUGUAGAUCAGAAACCUAGUGAUAAUGCAUUUGGUCUUACUAAGACUGUAGACCCUGAGAUAACUCUUGCCAGUAAAGGAAUGAAGGAUAGGAACAAUGAAACUACUUCUUUUGAAGAAACUGUGCAGGGCACCCAGACUCUGAGGCAAAAAAUAGCUAAGAUCUCCCACAGUUCUUCAAAAAAGUCUUCAAUAUCAGAUAGGCAAUCAGCAAAAUUACUUGUGGGACAGAAGGCUAGAGUUAACAGUACUAAUCAGAAUGUUUUACAAAGAGAAAAUCUAAAUAUUGACAAAAACAUUAGUAGAGUUGAAUUUCCUGAAAGGCAAAUUCCUAGAUUAAGAAAGAAACAAGGAGAAAAGAUUAUUCAAAAACCAAAGAGGAUAAUUAAUACUCAGCAGCCACUUGCCUUGUUAGGACAAAAUGUGAACAGGAAAAAUGGCACGUUCCUGAACAAAAAGGGAAGUAAGAAGAGUACAAAUGUAUUAACAAAUCACACAGAAUUGACCUCACCUCCCACCUUGCAAGAGGAAGUUCUUCAUGAUCAAAAACAAAUCAAAGUCUCUAACAAAUCUAUUCACGGUCAAAGGAAUGAAACGUACAAUGGUACUGAGAACACAGGACUGAAAUCCAAGUAUUUUCUGUCCACGAAGGAGCUGCAGCCUGCCAAUGUAGAAGACCAGAUGGACAGAAUUCCACCACUUCCAAAUGUGCAAAGGCAAAAAAAAGAGCACGAGUACCGUGAAAAGAAAAAUAUUGCAGUACCAUGGGGGUCAAGAGAUAAAAUUAAAGAAAAGUUGCAAGGGUUUGGGAAGAAGGGGGAGAAAUGGGGACAUAUUUCUUCAAUGGAUACAGAAACCAACAGUAAGCAGGUAAACGAAGAAGAGGAUGAAGAUGAAAUGGAAGAGGAGCUGAAUGUUUACCAACAUGUAUAUGACAAAGCAGUUAGUUGGGAACAGACUUUCACAGUAAACAAUAUAGACUUCAAUGCUUUACGGUCAGACUGGAUUGAUCUAAGGUGUAAUGUUUCUGGAAACCUGCUGAUGAAAGAACAAGAGGCUCUGGAUGUAGCUGAAAUGUACUUAAGAAAACUGAACGAGAAACAUAAAGGAAUAUAUACACUUCAUCAGUUGGUCGGUGUUGAAAAGCGCCUUGAUCGCAUACAUGGAAGUCGAUAUCUCCUGGAACUUGCACUGUUGGUGAAUAAAAAAACGAUGGUGCGAGUAUCAGAGUACGUUUAUGGCCUCAACAGAAAUGGUUAUUAUAUGGAUGGUGAUGAUGGACGGAAGAGGAGAAGUGUUUUUAGGCACAGAGGCCGGCAACUCAGAGAAAAGCAAGAAAAGAUUAUGCUGUGUGCACCAAGUGGAUUUAACUGGCAGCGCAGUGCCGUGGUACACUUUAUAGUUCCAGUUAAAAAUCAAGCCCGGUGGGUGCAGCAGUUUAUCUUUGAUAUGGAAGAGUUGUACAGAGCUACUGGAGAUGAGUACUUCAAUGUCAUCAUUACUGAUUACAGUAGCACAGACAUGGAUGUUGAAAAGGCCUUGAAACAAAGCAUGCUGACCAGGUAUCAAUAUGUGAAACUUGAGGGGAAUUUUGAGCGCUCAGCUGGUCUGCAGGCUGGAAUAGAUAUAAUAAAGGACGAUCACAGCAUUGUUUUCCUGUGUGAUCUGCACAUUAACUUUCCUCCAGGCAUAAUAGACAGCAUCAGAAAACAUUGUGUGGAGGAAAAGAUGGCAUUUGCUCCAAUAGUAAUGAGGCUGAACUGUGGCUCCUCUCCACAGGAACCUGAAGGAUAUUGGGAAAUGAAUGGAUUUGGCUUGCUAGGAAUCUACAAAUCGGAUCUUGACAGAAUUGGUGGGAUGAAUACAAAAGAAUUCCGUGACCGUUGGGGAGGAGAAGACUGGGAACUCCUGGAUAGGAUUUUCCAGGCUGGGUUGGAAGUGGAAAGACUAUACAUGAGAAACUUCUUUCAUUUCUACCACUCCAAACGUGGAAUGUGGAAUAGGAAGCAAGUCAAGGUGACGUAGUUACAGUGACCAGAGGAAGUCUGGCUAGCAUGCACUUUAUCCAGUCAGGAUCGAAUUAUCCUGUCCAAAAACAAAUGGAGUACAGUGCUGUCUUAGGCAAAAUGUAUCUGAAGACAAGGAAAUGCUGCUGUAAUAACUCAGGCUACUAAUAGCAUAGGUUUUGUGAUCUUCAACCCAGGAAGUAUAUUACAAAGAGCCUCUCUCAGUACUUAAGUUUGUAAGUGGUUAAAAAAGCUUAACAAGAUAUUUUAUUUUUUUUAUUCAAAGAAAUGCUAUGAUCCUGAUACAUUUGGGUCUGAAAUGAAGAGUUAUGCUAUGGAACAAUAAAGCAAAAAUAUAGAUUGACAUUUUUCAUUUGGAGGACUAUGUAAAACUGAAAUAAUAGUUCUAUUUUUGGGGUUGCACUGUGUGGUACUAUGAUAUUCACAGGUCUAUACAGAUGCACAGUUUCGUCUUCUCUCACAUGAACAAGUUCAUGGGUCUACCAGGGUGAUCAUUUUUAUUGUCACAAAUUAAAAACUUGCUAAUACUUUGGAAGUUACGUCUUUCAUUGGAAAUUGAAUAAUUCAAUAAUUAAAAUGUUAUGCAUCAGGAUUCUACAUUUGCCAUAUUUGUAACCAUUUAAUUUUGGGAAGGGGAGAUUAAUGAUCCUAUUUUAAUGUUUAAAUACUUUGGGAAAUAUUUAAAAGAAACAAGGUUAAAUUCAUUCUCUUUAAUUAGUAUUAUUACCACCUCGGUUGGUAAUGUUGAGCAUGUGAUUUUUCUUCAUCAGUGUACAUUUUCAGGAUAAUGUUCUUGUUACUAUUUCCAUUUUUAAGACUUUGAAGAGUUUACACUCACAUAUAUUUAGUGAACCCAGUAUAUUUUUGUCUAUUAGCAAUAAGGCUACAUGUAUGUCUCAGAAUUUCUAGGCAUGGUUGUGCAUGACACAUAGCUGUGAUCUAGUUUCAUUUUAGAUGCAGGAUCAUCUUUGAGUAAACAUACAUAAACUACAAUGAGGGAAAUUACUUCAAUUGUUCUUUUAACAUACAGCCAUGGAAUCAAAUGAUUCAUUGUUGGAGUAAGUUGGUUAAGUUAUACUUUGAUGCAAACUGUGUGCACACAAAAUAUCUCAAGUCUCCUUUCAUUCUCCUAUUUACAGAUCUAAUUUAACACUUUAAAUACAAAUUAACUGUGCACCUAUACUUUUACUUGAGUAUGCAGAAUACACAGGUAUUUUUGCUACCUUGUGUUUGUAACCAAGUACCUCAAUUAUGAGUCUUAUAUAUAAAAGCUCAUCACAAAAUUCAGUCAGAAUUUAUUUUUCUAUCAAGGUAGAUGUGAGAACGUUAGGUACUUUUCAAACACAUUUUGGGUACUUAAGCAAAAACAAUAAGUCCUGGAAAUGCUUAGCAGGUCUGGCAGUAUCUGUCGAAAGACAGAUUUGCAUCAAGUAUGUUCUGAAGGAAAGAUGUAUUCGACCUGACUCCGUUUCUGUCUCUACAGUACUGCCAGACGUGGUGAGAAUUCCCAGAACGUCCUGAUUUGAUUUCAGAUUCCCAGCAUGGACAGUAGUUUGCUUUUAUUUUGGGUACUUAAAUAAACAAGGAAACCAACAAGAAACAUUAGUGAUGUCAAGUCACUUUUGAUCAAGGUUCUUUCCAAGGGUGUAAACUUUUGUAUUACUGUAGACUUUGUUUUUAACUGUAUUUGUACAUUGUAGUGGUUGGCUUUAAUAAUGCUGGGAU